AUGUUUCCCCCUGCCCAAGGCCUGCGCCUGGAUAUCGAUGCCAUCAGCCAGAUUUUUGGAUCCAUUAGUAUCGCAUGCUGGAUCGUUGUCUUCUCGCCGCAAAUCAUUGAAAACUGGAAACGCGGGUCGGCAGACGGUCUGUCGGUCGUCUUCAUCGUCGUAUGGCUGGCGGGCGACUUCUUCAACAUCUUUGGCGCAGUACUCCAGGGUGUUUUGCCGACAAUGAUUAUUUUGGCCGUGUACUACACCUUGGCUGAUAUUGUGCUGUUACUGCAAUACGCCGGACGAUGA